AGAUUGCUCCUUUCUUUCUCUGUUUUGCUUUCUCCAUUUUCUCCUCUUUCCACCGAAUGAAUAAUUGAAUUAUUUUCUCCAAACCCAAUUCCUUUAACUAUUUUUCUUUUUUAAUAUCAAAGAUGCCAAUCUCAGCUAUUUCUCCAGUAACCCAGUGCUAUUGCACUUCAUCACUUGUUAAAACCAGAACCACCUCGAUAACCAUUUCCUUAAAAAGUAACUUCCUUUCACCAAUUAGCAAAAGCCCAUUUCUCAAAAAUGUCACUACUUGCACUAAUGGAACCAAAACAUCUGGCCUUUCCAUUGUGGCAAUGAGCAUGGAAGCUGGAAUCGGUGUGAUGGGUACUAAACUUGGUAUGAUGAGUUAUUUUGAGAGUGAUGGGACUGUUGUUCCUGUUACUGUAGUUGGUUUUAGAGAAGGAAAUAUUGUGACUCAAAUUAAGACUGAAGCUACCGAUGGAUAUGACUCUGUUCAGGUUGGUUAUAGAAGGAUUAGGGAUAGAAAGCUUACAAAGCCUGAGUUGGGUCAUUUAGAAAAGGCUGGUGUUAUACCUAUGAGGCACUUGCAGGAGUUUAGGUUGCAGAAUAUUGAUGGGUUUGAAGUUGGGCAAAAGUUGGUUCUUGAGGAGAUUUUUAAGGAGGGGGAUCUUGUCGAUGUCUCUGGAAUUACCAUUGGCAAAGGGUUUCAAGGUGGAAUUAAGCGGCACAAUUUUAAAAGGGGGCAAAUGACACACGGCUCCAAGAGUCAUAGAGCGUUGGGGUCUAUUGGUGCUGGAACAACACCUGGACGUGUAUAUAAGGGGAAGAAGAUGCCUGGUAGGAUGGGUGGAACCAAAACAAAGAUCAGAAAGCUCAAGAUUGUUAAAAUAGAUAAUGAUCUCCGUGCUGUGAUGAUCAAAGGUGCUCUCCCUGGUAAGCCAGGAAAUCUUCUACGAAUUGCACCAGCUAAGAUUGUUGGGAAAAACAUACCAAAGAACUAGCUCUAAUGUUGUUGUUUUUUUUUUUUGUUGUAGCAAUUUGUUGCAAAUCUCUCAAAUUCUUUGUAACUUCAAAUUAGUUAUCUUAAAUUUUGUUGACAUCA